AUGGACAUAUAAGAAUUCUGGGUUCCAGCGUACUGCCCAAGUUGCAGCGGCGGUAGGCAACCUGAAAUUUGAGGAUUGAGCGGAUUGGCGGAAGGCCAAAGCACCGCCCUCAUCUUCUUCACGCGCGCCGUCAAAUCUCGCCCCCUGCCGCUACGUCUUCCCCAUGGCAGUUCCCGUGGCGUUGGUGGUGCUUCCCCUCGGCCUGCUCUUCCUCCUUUCCGGCCUGAUAGUGAACUUCGUUCAGGCUAUAUUUUUCGUGACAAUACGACCGUUUUCGAAGAGUAUGUAUAGGAGGAUUAAUAGAGUGGUGGCUGAAUUACUAUGGAUCGAGUUAGUCUGGUUGGUUGAUUGGUGGGCUGGUGUCAAGGUUGAGCUGUAUGGAGAUUCCAAAACCUUUGAAUUAAUGGGCAAAGAGCAUGCACUUCUCAUAUGCAAUCAUAGAAGUGAUAUUGAUUGGCUUGUCGGAUGGGUUCUAGCACAGCGUUCAGGCUGCCUUGGUAGUGCAUUAGCAGUCAUGAAGAAGUCAUCAAAGCUCCUUCCAGUCAUUGGAUGGUCAAUGUGGUUUACUGAAUACCUCUUUCUGGAAAGAAGUUGGGCUAAGGAUGAGAACACACUUAAGUUAGGUUUACAACGAUUGAAAGACUUUCCAAGACCAUUUUGGCUGGCUUUGUUUGUUGAGGGGACACGCUUUACUCCUGAAAAGCUUUUAGCAGCGCAAGAAUAUGCAGCUUCACAGGGUCUGCCCAUCCCUAGAAAUGUUCUCAUUCCUCGAACCAAGGGUUUUGUUUCAGCAGUACAGAUCAUGCGACCUUUUGUUCCUGCUGUAUAUGAUGUAACAGUGGCCAUUCCUUCCGAUCAACCAUCACCAACAAUGCUUAGGAUUCUGAAAGGGCAACCAUCAGUGGUGCAUGUCCACGUGAAACGACACCCAUUAGCGGAUCUUCCUGGAACAGACGAGGGGGUGUCGCAGUGGUGUAAAGACAUAUUUGUAGCUAAGGAUGCUUUCCUGGACAAAUACAAAUCAGAGGGCAGCUUUGGGGUUGAACAAAGGCAAAUUGGUCGUCCUGUGAAAUCAUUGCUGGUGGUAAUGUUUUGGUUUGGCCUUCUGUCAUAUGCAACAUUCAAAUUCUUCAAAUGGACUGAACUAUUGUCAACAUGGAAAGGAGUUGCAGUUACUGCUACGGGGCUUUUACUGGUGACGGCAGUUAUGCACAUUUUUGUUAGAUUCUCCCAGUCCGAGCGUUCAGCCUCAGCCAAAGCUGCGCGAAAUAGAGCUAAGAAGGACUAGACAGACAAUUCUGGAAGAAUACAAAGAAUCUGCCCGACCUAAAUGUAGGAAAUCUUAUGUACCUUUACCCCCCCCCUAUUGGUAGUCAUGCUUGCUCCUUUGCAUAUUUCUUGCCAUAGAAUAAAAGCAAUCUGGAUGAACUGCAAGGUUCGAUUAUUUCAAUUCAUUUUUCAUUCAGAUAAUUCCAAGAAGUGCAUUCUGCUCACUUCUUGUGAAUACAGUCGGACAAUGUUUCUAGAAUAGCAACUUUCUGUCUAUUAUGUUGAGUAUGAUGGUGAGUAUAACUUUAGAUUUCUA